AUGUUGCCCAAGCUCCUCCUCGUCACGGUCACCCUCUUCGCCACUAUGAUGGGCCUCAGCACCGCACAGGGUCGGUGCGAGAAUGAGGCCGAUCCACAAGAGGGCAUCGGCAACUUCUGCUAUUGCGAAGACGGCACCUGCCAUGCCCACAGCCGAGACCCCAAGACCGCAUACGAAACGUGCAACCCCCCCGGCGUCGAGAUUCCGUGUCCCUAA